AUGUCAACGGCCGCAACGGACACAUCCAACAUGACGCUUCACCAAGCGGCCGUCGCAUGGCUGGUCUACGAGAUCAUAAAGACUGCUUGGAAUAUUUCUCCGUUUCAUCCACUGAGCAAGAUACCAGGUCCCAGACUGGCAGCAGCUACCUACCUUCCUGAGUUCUAUUAUGAUGCCAUAAAAUUCGGCAAGUAUACCACCAAGAUCAAGCAGUGGCAUGGCAUUUAUGGUCCCAUCAUUCGCAUCAGUCCAAACGAAGUGCACUGCAACGAUAUACUAUUCGCCAAUGAGAUAUACUCUCCAGCGAAUAGAAGGCGCGAUAAGCCUAUCCACCAGGUUAGGGGUACUGCAACUAUAGCUCAUGCAGUAUUUUCCACUGCAGAUUAUGAGAAGCACCGAAUCCGACGGAAUGCACUGGCAAAGUUGUUCGCACGAGAGAAAGUGACAAAACUGGAGCCAAAGGUUCAUACGAAUGUUCAGCUUCUAUGCAACAAGAUCUUAGCAGUUGGAAAGACGCCUUUUGAUAUCACGACUGCAUAUGGUUGUUACAGUGCCGAUAUGAUUACCGACUACGCCUUCGGCGAAAGUUUUGGCUUCCUACACCAAGAUUCGUGGGAGCCAAACAUUCGAGGUCCUGCGAAGUCGAUAUUGAAACCCAUCAUUACUAAGUUUAUUGUGCUUGACAAGGUUGACGUGCCUAAUAUAAUAAAGAAAACUAAGGCCGAAACGGAGGCAGGGGUUCAAGAUGACGUGACAAUAUUUGGAUCCUUGCUCCAAUCCAGUCUGCCGGAAGAUGAAAAAACGGUUGCCCGCUUGUCGAGCGAAGCUACAGCGCUGAUAGGAGCAGCGACAGACACUGUCAGUUGGGCUUUGACCGUUAUAACGUUCCAUCUCCUCACACAGCCUAAUCUUCUGGAGCGAUUACACAAUGAGCUUAGUGAGGUCUAUGAUGGUGGGGACCACCUGCCGCAAUGGUCAACACUUGAGAAGCUUCCCUAUUUGAGUGCUAUCAUAUGGGAGGGGCUGCGAUUAUCAUACGGCGUUUCGGCUCGCACAGCAAGAAUUGCCCCCAAUGAGGACUUGGUAUACAACGGCGAAUGGCAACCACAAGAUAACCGGAAACCAAUCACAGUUACCUACGUGAUACCCAAAGGCUUUGCUAUCGGCAUGUCCACUUUGAUUUCUCACCACGACGAAAACUAUUUCCCGGACUCGGAGAAGUUCGACCCUCAGAGAUGGUUGGACGAGAAGCAGCAGCGAAAUAGAAAGCUGGAGCAAAACCUCAUUAUUUUCUCAAAGGGCAGCAGGGUUUGUCUCGGACAGAACUUGGCAUUUUGUGAAAUAUAUCUUGCACUCACAGCUUUGGUGAUUCGUGUUUUUCCUAGGUUAAAGCUGUACGAAACCACACAAGAAGAUAUAAGCUAUGACCAUGAUAUGUUCAACCCAAUUCCAAAAGCAGAAACUAAAGGCAUCAGAGCCGUUAUUGUGUGA